AGGUUCGAUUAGAUCUCAUGCAAGUCCCGAGGCUCGCGGCUCCUGUCAAGGGAUGCAGAAUGGCAAGGCAUGUUGUCACCAUUCUCGCAAGGUCCGAGAAAGCUAUGCAGCCACUUUGGAUGCUCUCGGCUGUAUUUGUCGUGCCUUGCUAGCUCUUGGACAAGAGUCUUGCUGUCUACCUCCGGGACGGCUGCCCACUACAAUGUCUCGUUCCAAAAAGAAGACACCUCUCCGGCGUAGCUUUACUGAAAGUUACUGUACCAAAGAUGCGAGCACUUGCCUGAGUGUGGCGGAAUGUUCCAUCAAGAGAGACCCUCGAUCGAUAGCAUGCAGUCGUGGGGGCAGGCCUGCAAGAAACACGGCUUGUGAUAAGACCUGCUGCGCCAAGCCCGUGACCGUUGACGUUGCUAACUCGUGCGAAGAUGCAUGUUGUCUUGAUGGGAAUGCGCAAACGCCGAAAGGGACCUUGACUGAAACGGCCUCUGUCUCUCCGGAUCCAGAAAAAAGCCUUCCGUGCCAGGAGCAUGUCAUCCUUAGUAUUUCCGGCAUGACCUGUACAGGAUGCGAAAAAAAGCUCCAACGAACCCUUGGUACCGUGGAAUCAGUAAAGAACCUCAAAACAAGCUUAAUUCUUGCUCGAGCUGAGUUCGAGCUGGAUCUGCGUCUUGGUUCUAUCUCCGAUGUUAUGAAACACCUAGAAAGAACCACGGAGUUCAAAUGCGAGAGAGUGAGCAGCCAAGGCUCCAUUAUUGACCUAAUCGCUCCUUGCGAUUCGCGUCAGUUCAUGGAUCAGUCCUGGCCUAGGGGUGUUACUGAUAUGCGGGCAGUUGACAAGAAUACGGUCAGCGUCACUUUUGAUCCAAAGAUUGUGGGUGUAAGGGAUCUCAUUGAGAAAGGUUGGGAGUCACCUCUACAACUUGCCCCCCUUCGUGAUAACCCAACUCUCGAAGCGGGCGGUAAACAUGUCCGGCAUGUCGGAUGGAUGACUUUACUAUCGAUUUUCUUGACAAUUCCAGUUCUUGUCAUGGCUUGGGCUCCUCUUCCAAAACGGGAGAUUGCGUACAAGUCGGCAUCUUUAGGCUUGGCAACAAUUGUUCAGCUCGUUAUCGCCGGACCAUUCUACCCGAAAGCUCUCAAGAGUUUGAUCUUCUCCAGAAUGAUAGAAAUGGACCUACUGAUUGUCCUAAGUACAACUGCAGCCUACGUGUUCUCUAUCGUUUCCUUUGGUUACCUAGUUGCUGGGCGUCCACUUCCGACAGAUCAAUUCUUUGAAACAAGUACUUUAUUGGUAACUCUGAUUAUGGUCGGUCGGUAUGUCAGCGCCUUGGCUCGGCAGAAGGCUGUUGAGUCGAUAUCUAUUCACACCUUACAGGAGCCUACUGCGGUGCUGGUUGGCGAGUCUGAGGAUCUUGAGGUAGACAUCAGACUCCUACAGUACGGUGAUAUUUUCAAGGUUACUCCUGACGCUAGAAUCCCGACGGACGGUACGGUCAUUUCUGGGACUUCCGAGAUUGACGAGUCUAUGGUCACUGGGGAGUCCAAUCCAGUUCCGAAAUACAUCGGAUCGAUAGUGAUUGCCGGUUCUAUCAACGGAUCGGGAAUGCUCCACGUUCGGCUAACUCGCCUUGUUGGGGAUAACACCAUAAGCACGAUCGCGGGCAUGGUUGAUGAAGCCAAGCUAUCCAAACCAAAAAUUCAAGAUAUCGCCGACCGCGUUGCCAGCUAUUUCGUCCCAGUUGUUGUCACUCUGACUGUUUUAACUUUUGCCAUCUGGGUGGUUGUGGGCGUUGGGAUUCGGAACCAAACUGGCGCAGAGGCAACAGUCCAGGCCAUCACAUAUGCUAUCACUGUUCUGGUUGUCUCCUGCCCCUGUGCUAUCGGCCUCGCUGUUCCAAUGGUUAUUGUAAUUGCAGGUGGUAUUUCUGCCGAGCGAGGAGUUGUCUUCAAAUCUGCAGACAGCAUUGAGGUAGCCCACCGAACCUCGCAUGUCGUCUUUGACAAGACUGGCACAUUAACAGAAGGUAAGCUGUCGAUCAACCAGGAACUAUACACCAAAAGUGACUGCAUCUCCGCCAAAUCGUUACUUCUCGGGCUGGUUCGUGACAUAAAACAUCCUGUGUCGAUGGCUGUGGCCAAUCACUUGAAAGAUCAAGGCAUACUUCCUUCCAGUGUAUCUGGUAAAGGUGUUGUGACAGGAAAAGGGGUCGAGGGCACAUCAUCUGGCCUGGUUCUUCGCGCAGGUAAUACCCGCUGGCUAAAUCUCUCCUCGGAUGCUCGGGUACAGCCAAUGCUAUCACAAGGUUACACUGUGUUCUGCUUCACCAUCAACGACUCCCUCGCUGCUAUCUUUACCCUCGAAGAUACCCUUCGCCCUGAAUCUGCAUCGACUGUCACGACUCUGCUCGAACGCGGAAUAUCAGUGCACAUAGUUUCCGGCGACGACUACGGUUCUGUCCGCUCCAUUGCCAGCACAUUACAAAUUCCAGUCUCAAACGUCCACUCGCGCUCCACUCCUGCCGACAAACGCACAUACAUCGAGAACCUCCUUUCCCAGUCUUCCACCGACCCGAGACCCACCCGACCAGUCGUCAUAUUCUGCGACGACGGCACAAACGACGCAGUCGCCCUCUCAGCCGCCACAAUCGGAGUCCACAUGAACGAAGGCACCGAGGUCGCCAAAUCUGCCGCAGACGUGGUCCUCAUGCGGCCCAGCGUCAACGGCAUUUUAACCAUUAUUGGUGUCAGUCGCAAAUCUAUCAGUCGUAUUCGGUUUAACUUCGGAUGGAGUUUCGUGUACAACCUCUUUGCUAUUUUGCUUGGUGCGGGAGCCUUUGUCAAUGCCAGGAUUCCGCCUGAGUUUGCGGGGUUGGGCGAGCUGGUUAGCGUUGUGCCGGUUGUCAUUGCGGCAGUUGCAUUGAGAUUUGAGAGGUUUUGAGGGAAUUGGCUUUGCGAUUGGAGGUGUGAUAACUAGCGUCUUUGAUAUACGGCUAACAUAAGGCAUGGCAUGGCGGAUGUUCUCAAGGGGUUACAGUAGGUAAGUGAAUUGUGAAGGUAGGGUACCUCGAUCAAUAUCUUCGCAAUUCUUGGGAACAGAACAAAGAAGUGAC